AUGGAACCUCGUACCGCGCGAAUCGGUUCAUGGAAAGGAAUGCAUCAAGGAGGAGACAGUGGGACGGGUGUGCAAGGCAUUACGAAUGAUGGUCGAGCAUAUUUGAUUGGUGCUGUUUCAUUCGGACCUGCUAAGUGCGCGUCUGGUGGUGUAUUCACAGCUACCAAUAUCAGCAAAUAUAUAACAACGCUCUGUUACUUCACAGGUAUUUGUCUACAGCAAGACCCAAGCAGGAAAUAUAACCUGUCGAGUCCAGUGGUACGAGAUCAUCAUGCAAUGUUUAAGACGUUUUUCAUAAAUGUGCCUUCCAAAUUUUUACCUCAACUGAAAGCGAAGUUAUGA